AUGGCAUUCCGACGACUACCCACAGCGUCUUGUCUCCUAGAAGUAGAGAGGAAGUUCCGAGCCUUGAAGAUUCGCAAGCUGACUCAACACGGCGGAAUUCCUCACUUUAGAAGCUUACAGAAGCUUUCUGUUGAGAUCAUACGCGACUCAUAUUACGAUAAAUCGAACAUGCUUUCGUCAGCUGGCGCCUGGGUCAGAAAGCGAAAUGGAGAGUGGCAAGCAAAAAUAAAGAAAGGAGGUAAUUUCACGAACUCGAGAUUUCAAGAGCUCAGUCAUAUAGACGAAAUCGAAGCCCAUGUGAAGAGGGUUGUUGGUAUUGGAGGAGCAACAAGCAACUUUGGCCUUCAACCUGUAGCGACCUUCUCCACCACACGAGAAUCGUGGAUUGCUGAUGGCGAGUUCCGAAUUGUACUCGAUACGACGGACUUUGAUCACCAAGUUGGCGAAGUCGAAUUGCAGAAAGUUCUAGUUGGCAACAACGGAGACGACGCGCCGGAUGAGCUGCGGCAGCAAAGAGAAAUGCAACUGAUGGAUGAGAAAAUUGUCACAUUCAUGCAAACAUAUGCAUGGGCAUUUUCCGUGGGCGAGCCAAAGGGCAAACUGACUGCGUACUUUGAGCUCCUGCGAACUCAGGAUAAUUAA